UCUAGUCCGCCCUGUCACUAUCGGGAAGUACCUGACAAAGUCUAUCCCGAAACCAAUACGCUAGCCACGUAAUAGGGCCUGGUUUAAAAGCUGAGACUCUACCCAAUCUUUAGACAUUUAACCCAAACGUCUAGAUAAGAUAUUAUUUUAAAUUCAUUUUCUAUCUUUAUUUCACGAAUUUAUAAGGCAUUAAGGAACAAAAUGGCUUCAGAACAAAAAGGUGUUAUUGACUUGAAUGAGAUUGUAAACUCCUACUUCAGUGAAGUUAAAUCCAAACAGAUUGCUGGUAAGCCGAACCUAGAAAAGUUGAAGAUGACAGUGGUAGACAAGAAAUGGACAGGAGAAAGAAAAGACCCUAGGACCUCCAAUGCUGAUGUUAAUAUCACAUUUACAGUUACCAAAGGCCAAGUUAAAGGUUUCAACAAAGAACUUGAGAUAUCUCUUCCAGAAGGUCUUCCAGUGAAUAGUUUGAAGUUUAACCCUGCUCAAGAAAAGACAGAGAACAAAUCAACUAACUCACCAGGAUCAGCUUUUACAGCACAAGUGUCUUUACGAGUACAGUUAAAAGGAAUUGUUUUACUUCAAGACGGGGGCCAAACCACUGAGACAGAAUUUGUACAAAUGAUUGCCGAUUUACUGAAAAAAAAAUCAUAUCCACUGUCAGUUAUUGAGAAAAAAGAAAUCCCAGACUGUGUUGAAUGGACAAUCGAGGGGCAUGUGAAAAUACAAUAAGUGGCGUAAUAUAAUUUUUAUAACAAUAAGAUGUUGUUUAAAUUACUGUUUGUAUUCCACAAGUUGCAAAUGUUUGGCAUUAACUUUAUUGUUAUUUUGUCUCAUUAAGAUAUAUGCAAUUAAAGCGUUGGAUCUCUAAAUGUAGAGCACAUAGCGUUUUUUUUUCUAUUGUUUAUUGUUUACUCAAUGAAACAUUGUCUAGAAAAUGUUUCUGUUUUUAAAUUUUGAAAGAUUAGCUCUUAAAUACUUUGUUAGUGUUAAUUUAAAAUAAAUCUACAUUUAUUUAUACAAUUAUACACUUCAUGUACAGAGCACAACAUAUAAAUUUACACUUAAAUAUUUACUAAUGCAUUUUUUAAAAUUAAUAAAUAAGACUUAUAUAAAAAAACUUUCUCAUGUAAAAUUCAUAAUAUAAAUUUAUUAAGCCCUAAGCAAAAUGUUACGUUAUUGUGACAUGGUGAGUUAUUGUGGUUGUUGACACAUACUAAUUCAAAUACAAUAUAUUAUUGCUGAUAUGAUUUUAAUAAUCUCAUUUUCUUAUGAAAUUUUAUCAAUAAAUUUGAUAUAUUUUUAUACAAAA